AUGGAUCAAAACGGGUUUGUCAAGGACGACAAAUCGUACGGCACGAUCGAAAAGCAAUAUGACUACCUUCGAAUGCCCAAGAGCAAGUACCACAACCCCGAACUCGCCUCGGCCGAACAAGAAGUUCUCGACCAACUCUACCGCGGCUGGCUGCACUACUGGAACCACGAGUCGCGCGCGGACUACCACAACGGCAUGGCCGGGGCCCGGCGGUUCUACGACUUCCCCGAAAUGCUCAGCUACGACAUGUUCGGCAACACGAUCCGCGGCAACUUCAACGAGCACUUCGAGUCCAUCUUCCCCUACUGGAACGACGGCUACAUGGAGUUCAAGGACCUGGAGAUCACGGCCGUCUCGCCCACCUUUGCAUACUCGACCAUGAUCCAGCAUACGUGGGGCACGGCUGGCGGGGUCCCCUUCGACACGGCAUUCAGACGUACAGGGCUGGCGCACAAGAGUCCCGAGGAUGGCAAGUGGCGCUGGAUUCAUGAGCAUUUGUCGUUCCCGGUCGACAUGAAGACGCAGAAGGGGGAUUUUACGGCCUCGUUGGAUCCGGGUAAGGGGUUUAAAUUGUCUUAG